GAUAUACAAUAAACGUACGUUUAAAUGGCACUAUCUUGUAUAUACGAUCUUCCAGGCUUCAUCCAGCUGUGUCUUCAGAACAAACAUUUGACCACUGUGAGUGAUUUCACACACUGACGCUGGUGGGAGGAUUCAACACAAACUGGGCACUCAACGGGGCUCUACAAGCGCACUCUCCACCGCACAAUCCCGGGACACCUUCGCCUUCACCAUGAUUUUAGUUAAAUUCGUGUGCGCGAUCAUAACUAGGUCGUUAUUCAUUUUGGUCUCUCUAAUCGGCGUCUGGAGAGUAAAAACGGUGAAAAAUAACAACAUGUACUGGUUACUGACUAUUCUUUACCUCCCUUUGGUCGUGGAGAUGAUCUUCACUUUAAAACGAAGGAAAGGGAAAGACUACAAAUGGUUUUCUCCAGCAAUCCUGCUCUUCCUCAUCAGCAUUAUUCCGUCCAUAUGGAUUCUAGAGUUACAUCAUCAGGAGAACAAAGCCAGUGACCCGCAGUGUAGGAAACUGGACUCUUGGGACAAUGUCAAGAGCAUAUUGCCUUCAAACAACACAAUGGGUAACGAAACACUAAAGCACUUGGAGCGCAUGCUCACCUCGGUGUGUGCGAAUGACUGGAUCCUUGGUCUUCAUCAGGUUCUGCUGAUUCUUCUCAUCAUUGGAAAGUGGCUCCUCCCAUUAGGAGGAGUGACGCGUGACGAGCUGUCUCAGCUUUUACUCAUCUUUGUUGGCACGGCGGCAGACAUUCUCGAAUUUACCAGUGAAACACUCUCUGAUGUCAAGGAGAACAGCCAUCAGCUGGUGUAUAUAAUCUUGGCAGUGUGGACAUGGAGUAUGUUGCAGUUUCCUCUUCACCUGGCAGUUGUGACAUCCCGGCCACAGAACUCAGAUGAGCCUGAUGGUGGAAACGGCUGUUGUAACAUUGUCUUUUUAAGACACAGUACAGACAUUUGGAACAUCGUGGAGAGUUUGUUUAUCCAGGAUGGGCCCUUUCUUGUGGUACGUCUCAUUGUGAUGAUAUACUUUGAUGUGUUCCAUCAGAUGUUGGUCUUCUUUGCUAUUAAGAACUUUCUAGUGGUCAUCCUCAACCUCUACAGACUGAUAGUUAUCUGUCAAGUCUUUAAACCACCACCACAAUCAUCACCACCACCACCAUCAUCAUCUACCUCUCCCCCAGUAUGAAGGAAGGAAAGAAAAGAAAUGUAAUGUAAUGUCUUUAAUAGAAAUACGUUUUAUUGUAUGCCCAACUGUGCCAGAUGGUUUGCUUGAAAUCGAGGUAUGGAGACUCCCAGGGGGCAGCAGGGGAGUGCUAGUAUUAAUAAGAUACUGUUAGAAUAUUUAUUGAUAUUUUAAUUAGUUUCUGUUUUUAUAUUUACCAUCAUUUUGGUUAUUUUAUAAUUUUUAUUAGUUAUUGCUUAUAUAAUUAGUUAAUUAUCCAUUUAUGUAUGUGUGUGUGUGUGUGUGUGUGUGUGUGUAUAUAUAUAUGUAGUUAGUUAUUCAUUUUUAAUGUAGUUUUAAAUGAGAAAUGUUGCAACGACAACUAGCUGAAGUAAAAUAAAUUCUGUGGGGUCAGUGGAAAAGUUUAUAAAUAAAAUAACUGAUUAAAAAAUAAUUUAAAUAAAUAAAUAACACAUCUAACAGUAUACAGUGCUAUUUUAUAACAUAAUUAAAAAAAAAUCUUUAUUUUCCAAAUAAACUUUUACAUAUAUUUAUAAUAUUAAUUAUAUGUUAAAAACGUAUACAUUUUAGGAUGGGGGCCCUCACAUCAGGACGAUCAUAUUUGUGGGUCUGUGGCAUCUAAAAAAUUGAAAACCCCUGUCGUAUACUGCUUAAAAACACAUUUAUGGGUGACAGCAGUUUUAGAAAUGUAUUUUGAAUAUGUUAUACACAACCAAACUAGGACCAAUAGUAGAUUUAUUAAACUUUUUUUUUAUGGUUGACAAUGUUUGUAUACCAGACACUGUGGUGAAGCAAGAUUUUCGGACUCACAAGCUGUAAGAGAACUUCUUAUGAUAUGUAAGAGGCAGAUGCACAUUUAUCUAGUGUGCACGUGUUUAAAAGGGGUCUGCUUGUGCAUGAUUACUCGCAGUGUGCGUUCAGAUAUGACUCUGAUAAUCUCUGACCUGAGAACAGUCUGAGGCAAUUGGCCUGUAAGAUGAGAGAAUCUGUAGUUGCUCUACAACAGUUCCUAGUAUAUCUUUCAAAGGAGCAUGUGUUUUAACUAGAUAUUAACACAGCUGAAACCCUGUGAACCUAUUCAAAUAAAUAUUUUUUGUCUAGUUU